AUGGCGAAUCUGAGAUCAGACGCAUCGAAGACAACAUGGGGAGUGAAGGUAGAAGACGGUGGCCAGAAGCUCACUGAUGGUUGGAAAGAGUUCGCUCUUGCCCACGAUCUUCGUGUCGGUGACAUUCUCAUUUUCAGACAAGAGAAAGACAUGGCCUUCCACGUGACACUCUUGGGACCCAGUUGCUGUGAGAUUCAAUAUGAGUCGUGUUUAGAUGACAAGAACAAACUUGGGAAGAUUCCAAAGAAGAAGAAAGUGAAGAAGAAUCCAAGAAAAGAAGCAAAGUCUUGUCUACUAGAUCCCUCUUGUUUUGUGGCUAAUGUCACACCUUCGAGCCUCCGACAUGAUACACUGAAUCUUCCAAGGAGUUUUGUGAGAGCAAAUGGUCUAGACACAAGAUGUGGAGAGAUUGUUGUGAUGAAUGAAAAGGGAAGAUCAUGGACGUUAGCCUUGAAACAAAAGAACUCAUGUCAAGCUACUUAUAUCAGAGGCGGGUGGAGAAGUUUCUUUCUUGCCAAUGGACUUAGUGCUGGAGAUUCCUUCACUUUCAAACUGAUCCAAGGAGGACCAUCUCUGGUUCUACGUUUGUCCACCAAAGAAGAGACUCUUUCUACAGAAUCAGACAGCGAUGAAGAGAACAAGCACGAUGAGAAACGCUUCAAGAAGCGUAGAUUGACAUGGAGAGCUUCAUCGUCACCAUCACAAAACCGAUUUGUGACAUUAACUCUUACCCCUUCCAGUCUCAAAAAUAGUACACUGUUUCUUCCGGCACGCUUCACGAGGAUGCAUGACAUCAGUGAGGAAACUAAAAUGAGUCUGCUGGAUAAACACGGUGUGAAGUGGUCUACAAAUCUCCGGUGUGAGAAGAGAGGUGAUAGAAUAAGAAUGGUAAGUGGUUGGAAAGACUUCUUCAAAGCUAAUUAUGUGAAGACAGGUGAAUCGGUUAUGUUGAAGCUGAUUUGGGAAGGAGAAACAAGGUGUGUCCUUAAGUUCUGCUCUAAGGUGAAGCAAGAGAGCUCAGAAGGUGAUGAAGUGGAAACUCUUUCCACAGAAUCUGAAACUGAUGAAGAGGGCAAUCUCGAAUCUUCCUAUGAGAUUUGCGAGAGCAAAUGGUAUACUCACAUGAUGUGGAGAGAUUGUUCUGAUGAACGAAGAAGAGUAAAAGCUGGAGAUUUCUUCACUUUCAAACUAAUCAAAAGAGGAGAAACUCUGGUUCUGCGCAAGUCUUUCUCUCCCACAGGAUCCGAAGAAGAAGAAGAAGAAGACUGCUCAUCUGAAGGUGAUACAAGGCAAGACGAAGAAACCAAGAAGAAGAAAUACCAGAAAAGCAAUAAGAAUGGCUUGAAAUCAUCCUGA